AAUGUCUGGGCCUUGUUUGCUGAGAACAGUUUCCCUCCUAACGCUUUUGUGGCUGUGUUGCACCACUUCGUCCAAGCGGGCCAGCAUAAAAGAGCUGAUGCGCAGCAGAGGGUUUACGCCCUGCACGCGGCUGGCUUGUACUUCUUACUGAUGGAAAUCCCAGGCAGCAUAGCUAACCAGCUGUUCCAUCAAGUGAUGUUUGAUAAAUGCCUUCAGACCCUGACCAAAAGUUGGCCUCAAGAAGCAGAUCUGAUGAGGAAAAGAAAGAAGACGAACACUCAAAGCUCUCAGAACAGCACAAGAAGAAACAGAAAGAAGGGAAAACCGUGCAGGAGUAGCAGUAUAGACGAGAUACUGGAAGAGGAGGAGGAUGAAGAGGAUGAAGAUCGUGAAAAUGUUUACUUUUCAACCGACGAUCUUCUUCAAGUUCGCAACGCGAUCUUCCUCCUUUUGAAAAACUUCUUAAGACUUCUACCCAAGUUCUCCCUAAAAGAAAAGCCUCAUUGUGUGCAGAACUGCCUGCAGAUCUUUGUUGAACUGACAAACUUGGAGCCAGUGGUGCACGAGUUCGAGUUUUCAGCAGCAAUGAAUGUUAACAAAGCCAAGUAUGUUCCUGAGCUGGCCUAUCAUGGACUGCGGUUGCUGUGUUCCCCUCUACAUGAAACAGAAGAAAAUAAGGUUCUUCAUCGUGUCUUCCAGCAAAUCCUCAAUGUCAUUCUCAUGCUGGAAAGUGGCGCGAGUUCCAAACGCUCGGUCCUUGCAAUCACGUCGGCUGUGAUCGGUGCCAGGAAUCUGGCUGUGAAGUUCAUCAGUUCUCUAGUAGAUGAGCUGAAAGAAGAGGUUUUUCCUGUUCUUCGAGUAUUACUGCAACACAUCUGCACCAAGGUCCCUGAUAAGACUGAUUAUCGCACAUAUGCCGCACAGGCCUUGGUGAAUUUGCUGAUCAAACUCCCUUGUAAAGAGUUUGCUGACUUCAUCGCUUGGCUUUAUAAAUACUCACGCAACACUAAAACUGCGUACAGAGUGUUUGCUCUCGAUGUAGCUGUAGCCUUGUUGGAUGUGCCAGAGAGGAACUCGGACAGCUCCUUGUCCCUGGAUCAGCAGAAGUUCCUAAAGCAUAAGUUUUUAGUGCAGGUCAUGGUGUUUGGACGGUGUUCAGACAAAGCACCUGCGGUCCGUAGCAAAGCUUUAAGUAGCUUUGCCCACUGUCUCGAAAUGAAAGAUGCUUCUACCUCGGAGACCAUCCAGGACUUACUACAGACCUCUGACCACACAGAGUUGGAAGCAAACACAAACACUGCGAGUUCGACAGUCAGUGCAGAAGCUAUGUCCAGCCAUCCACUGAAGACCUUACCGACUUUCAAAACUAUUGAGUUGACAGACAGCAGUGAUACUGCUGUGCUUGAUGGAAAAGAAGUCAUGGCCCUGCUGAGGCUGAGAGCUUGUGAUGAGAAGCCCAACGUGAGGAAAUCUGCUCUCCAGGUCCUUAUGAACAUCCUGAAGCACAAAGUGAUCCCUUGCACCGCAGAAGAUUUGUCCACGCUGCAGGAUCGGUGCCGGGACCCCGCGGUUUCGGUGCGGAAGCAGGCCUUGCAGUCCGUAACGGAGCUCCUUGUGGCUCAGCACGAUAACGUCCUAAUACAGAAGGCCUGGUUAAACGGAGUGGUGCCUGUUGUGAUGGACGGUGAAAAUACUGUCCAAGAAAAGGCCUUGGAUUGCCUUGAACAGGUCUUGUUGCAACACAUCAAGCAUUGCAACAAAUCCAGGAGUGAAGCUGAAAAGCAGGCUCUAGCGUGGGACCUCCUCACCCUCUUGACUUCAGAAUGCCGGGAGCUGAACCGUUACUUGAACAAAGCUUUUCAUAUCUGGUCCAAACAGAAUAAGUUCACCUCUACUUUCAUCAGUAAUGUCAUGUCUCAUGUGGAAACGGAGCACGCUGAAGCAGCUUGGAUGUUGCUUGCGAAGGUGUCCGGUUCUUCACCCAAGCUGAAUUACUCGGAGAUCAUUGAACCCUGGGUCAAUGGCAACAGGCAGCAGAACACGAGCGCCGAUACUACAGGACAUGUGCUGUGUGUCAUCGGUCAUGUUGCAAAGCACCUCCCUAAAAGCACCUGUGAGAGGCUGGUUGGUAAUAUCAACAGCUUGCUGAAGGAGCCUCAAUGUCCCUUGGAGGUGAUUGGCCCAGCUGUAGAAACUCUGCAGAAGCUGUGCCGUGCAUAUGCAGAUGUGCCGGAGGAGGCACAGAAGCUGCUCAACCAGGUGUGUGGAGAUUUAGUAUCCACCUGCGAAAGCUAUAUUUCAAAUAUAGUCCUCAAAGAGAAUGGAGCAGAGCAGCUGCAAGAAGAUCUCUUGGUGAGACACCUCUUCAUCUUGGGUGAAGCUGCACAGAUGUGUCCAGCCAAAGUGGGGAAACGCAUCUUUCUUUUGGUUCAGUCCAUUCUGGCUUCUUCUGUCCACGAGGACCAACUGUCUGGUUCUCCAGAUGGUGAGGAAACUCCAGCUUCUCAACCACUGUCCCAGUUCAGAGGAUCAGCUAUGCCUUCAGUGAUCAGAGCUCAUGCAUUCAUUACUCUAGGUAAAUUGUGUUUACAGCAUGAGGAUCUGGCGAAGAAAUCCGUUGCGGCUCUGGCGCGAGAGCUGGAGGUGUCGCAGGAUGUGGCCGUGCGCAAUAACGUUGUCAUUGUUCUGUGCGACCUGUGCAUCCGCUACACGUCCAUGACGGACAGAUACAUCCCCAACAUUUCCUUGUGUCUGAAGGACCCAGAUCCCUUCAUCCGGAAGCAGACACUGAUCCUGCUUACCAGCCUUCUGCAGGAGGAGUUUGUGAAAUGGAAAGACUGUCUCUUCUUCCAUUUCAUCAGUGUCUUGGUGGAUCCGAACCCAGAUAUUGCCAGGUUCGGAGAGUUCUGCUUGGUGCAUCUCUUGCUGAAGAGGAAUCCAGUGAUGUUCUCCCAGCACUUCAUCGAGUGCAUCUUCCAUUUCAAUAGCUAUGAGAAACACGAGAAGUACAACAGGUUCCCCCAGAACGCACGGGCGAGGAAUCUCUUCUCUCUGAAGGGAAAAGAUAACAGAGAGAAAAGGAUGCGUAUCUACAAGUUCCUGCUAGACCACUUUACAGAUGAGCAGAGGUUCAUCAUUACAACAAAGAUCAGCCAAAGCAUCCUAGCAUGCUUUGUGGAUAAUAUCCUGCCAUUGGACAUGGAAGCCAAUGAGCUGCUCUCGGAUACGUUUGCAGUCCUUAGCUGCAAAGAAAUCAAGCUGUCAACCGUGAGAUCAACACCCGACGAGGACAUGCAGCCUGAUGAAGAUGAAGUGGCAAUGGCCAAUGCCGUCAUGCAGGCAGCUCAAAAAAAGCUCAUCUCACAGGUUCAAAAGAAGAACUUCAUCGAAAAUAUCAUCCCGAUAAUCACAUCACUGAAGUCUUUAAUGGAGCAGAAGAGGAUCCCAGCUCUUAGGGACCUCAUGAACUACCUACGGGAAGUGAUGCAAGAUUACCGAAACGAAAUCAAAGACUUCUUUGCGGUGGACAAGCAGCUGGCAGCCGAGCUGGAGUAUGACAUGAAGAAAUACCAAGAGCAGCUGGCCAUGGAGAAGGAGUCAGACCGAGAGCAGGUCUCAGCAGCGCAGACAGAGCAAGCUCCGUCUCUGGAGAGAGCUGCACCUUCUCCUGGCUGGAAUAAUAAUGCACAGUCCCCUGUUGGGGCCAGACAGCCCUCAUCACGCAGAUCAAGUCCUUCCUCUGUGCCUUCUGAGUUCAUUACACCUACUGCUGAUGUUCUGAAACAGCCGUUACUCAGCCGCAGGGCUGCAUCCUUGAGCACAGUUGCCAUCCUGAACUCUGCCAGGAAAGCCAUGGAAGCCAGAAACAAGCAACGCAGCAAGAGUUUUGGAGGAAAUUCGUCGACUGUGCCACUUCCAUCGAGCGCAGCUGGCAGCAAGCGAGUAUCCUUUCACAGCCUGAACCAAGAGUCUACCGGAGAAAACAUUGCUGUGGUGGGCCGUGCAAUCAGCACGCCAGAACAGACCAUUAAUGACUUGACUUUCGGUGCCGGGGUCAGUUACAUCAGCUUGGCGCACACACCCGGUUCAACUGCAGAGAAGAAAAAGGCUGAGGACAAGCCCAAAGAUAUUAUCUGCUUGUCAUCACCAGAGCAACUCCCGUCCUUGUCACGGGAGUGGAAAGUGGAGUCCCCAGCAAGGGAAAAAAGCAGCCAACGUGCCCCUCUGAGACGGUCCCAGCGGAGAACGCCACUGAAACCAGACAACUGA